AUACAGAUUGCCAGACGGAUGUGACAUCAGGUCAGUUCCUCUUGACGUCACAGGAAAAUGGCUGAAGAGAAAUAAGGAUUAGUCUGGAAGAUUAAUCAUGUCCACCCAUCGUCAUGCGCAACUGCUACUUGAACAGCUGAAUAAGCAAAGGAAUCAGGGAUUCAUUUGCGACUGUACAGUCAUUGUUGGCCAGACGCGAUACCUUGCCCACCGCAAUGUUCUUGCAGCCUUCAGCGAGUUCUUCUCAUCUCGAUGUGCGCAUGAAGUAAUCACUUUGGAUCCAGAAUGGGUGAGCGAGACAACGUUCCGGACACUUCUGACCUUCGUGUACACUGGGAAUCUGAUUAUAAGUAAUGAAGACGUAUCGGAUAUACGCAAAGCAGCUGCCUUCCUGGGGAUGCAAGAGGCGUUGAACCAGUGUGACCUGCUGUGUCCGAACGAAGAAAAGCCGAGUCUGGAUGCCAUCAUACAGGCUUGCAACGCCAUGGCGGCAGCAGAGGCGGCAGCGGCGGAAGCUACAGCCACGGCAGCAGCAGCCACAUCAUCAUCAUCAUCAUCGGAGGAGAUGGCAGACGCUGGCACAGCAGAAGGCUCUUCUCCCAGCCAGGAGCCGGUCGCCAUGCUUCCAUCCUUACAAGAAGUGGAAGAGACUGAAGAAGGAGAAGAAGAACAGGUGCAAAAUGAUCAGAGAGACGACCAAGACGGCAAUCGGCUGCUAUCCCCUGCAAGCGAGCCAUCCAAAGAACUCACAACGCCAACAGCCAAAAAGAGGGGCAGGAAACCAAAACCCAAACCCGACGCUGAGCCUGACGUCAAGGAGGCGGUGAAGGAGGAGGUCAGCUCGUCGGGAAGAGGGGGCAGGGGCAGAGGGAGGCCGCGGGGACGGGGACGAGGAAGAGGACGGGGGAGGCCUCCGGGUAGCGGCAGAGGAAGAGGACGUCCCGCGAUGCAGACGACAGUAGAACCACUGGACGAUGACGAGCCUUCCGACGACGCCCAGCCAAGUGGUGAGGCUGAGGCUGAGGCUGACGCUGAAACAGCCGUCGCUUCUAUGGACGACCACGAUUCCACGCUUGACGGAGAGAACAGCGACCCCCUUAACCUCGCCAGCACCAGGAAGAGCCACCGCAAAAGGGUCCCGAGCAAGAAGCUGAGGGAGAGCGGCGUCUUCCCUGAGGACGUGAUUAUGGAAGAGGAAGGGGGAGAAGAAGGACAGGAAGCAGAUGGAGGAGAUGCUGAGGCUGAAGAGGACUUCAUGCCGGAAGAGAGCAGCGACGACAAGGAGAGCCUGCGUGUUAGACGGCUGCUUGGGGACAAGUCCAAGCCCAUGUGUAGUCAGUGUGGCAAGCAGUUCUCUGAGAUCAGCAGCUUACGCAGGCACCAGCGUAUUCACAUAGGCCUCAAGCCGUAUGAGUGCGUGCUGUGCAACCGCACCUUCAGACAGUGUAACCAGCUGAAGACGCACCUGCGCAUACACACAGGAGAGAAACCAUUCAAGUGUGACAAGUGUGACAAGGCCUUUGCCCAGAAGUGUCAGUUGGUGUUCCACUGCCGCAUGCACCAUGGCGAGGAGAAGCCUUAUCAGUGUAACGACUGUGGUCUGCAGUUUGCAACAUCCAGCAACCUCAAAAUCCAUACCAGGAAGCACAGUGGCGAGAAGCCGUACAAAUGCACCGUGUGUUCGAAACGCUUCGCUCAGGCCAGCACGUUAACGUACCACAUGCGUCGGCACACAGGCGAGAAGCCGUACGUCUGUGACACAUGCGGCCGCGCGUUUGCUGUCUCCAGCUCCCUCAUCACGCACACGCGGAAACACGCCAAGGAGAAGCUGAAGAGAGAAGAGGAAGAAGCGGCAUGCAAUGCGCCAUACGUUUGCCUGGUCUGUGGGAAGAGGUUCUUCACUACUGGAGAACUAAGGAAACACAUGGACAGUCAUGGCUACAAACGGGUAAAAUGUGACAUCUGUGGUCAGAUGUUGGCUGACGCAAACAGCUUGAAGAAACACAAAGAGAAGAAGCACAGCGCAGUUGUAAUUGAAGAGGCUUUGACCUCUGCAGCCCUACCCCUCAACAUCCCCAUCGACCACCAGGGACUUAUUGCGCGCAUGUGCGCCGCCGCGUCACCGCUCGACCCCUCGGACGUCACCGAGGCCACCAGCGUUACCUUUGAGGAGCUGGAGAUCCCGGCCGACGCGGCGUCGUCCCUGGAGACCACACAGAUAGUCAUAGUCCACACCAUUCAAGCAGAGUGACCUCGCCAUGCGGCCUCGAGCCCUGAGCCACGGCUAGUGAACAUAAUUGUUAAUAAGUUUAAUAAAGAUAGUCAGUCGAGCGCCAAUGUGGUUGGCAUUAAUUCAGAGUAAUGGCAUUUUGGUCCGUACGUUUUAAAGAAUUGAAUUGCAUCCUUCAAUGCAUAUUUCUCAUUAUUAGCUUAAGUUAUGUUUAUGAGUUGUGCGUGUGUGUGUGUAUGUGGGCGUGUAAGUGCGAGUGUUCGUGUUCCUGCGUUUGUGUUCUUUUUUUUCUUUUGUAAGGGAGGCAAUGUAAAUCUCUGGUAUAUUGCAGUAUAAUUCAACACCUGCCCUGCCUAUGAGUGGAUGGAAUGCAAGCUGAGUAUAAUUUAACACAAUAAAAUCCAAACUGUUUGGUCAGUGCA